GAUUUCCUAGGUGAUGUUAGUUGGGCUGUCUUGGUUGUCGACGAAGCUCACAGACUAAAGAAUGAUGACUCCCUCCUUUAUAAGACGCUUAACAUGUUUCAUACUAACCACAGGCUCCUAGUGACUGGCACUCCACUGCAGAACUCACUGAAGGAGCUCUGGUCACUUAUCCAUUUUAUAAUGAAAGACAAGUUCCCCAGUUGGGAAGAGUUUGAAGAGGAGCACAAGGCGUAUCACGAGGGAGACACCUCCAACCUCUCCUCACUACACCAGCAGCUGGAGCCUUACCUACUGAGGAGGAUUAAAAAAGACGUUGAAAAAUCACUUCCUUCAAAAGUGGAACAGAUCCUUCGUGUAGAGAUGUCAUCAGUGCAGAAGCAAUACUAUAGGUGGAUACUUACUAGGAAUUAUAAAGCAUUGAGUAAAGGCGUGAAGGGAAGCAUAACUGGUUUCAUAAACGUGUUGAUGGAGUUAAAGAAAUGUUGUAAUCACGUGUACAUUGUUCGAACACCAGACACACCUGAAGUUAAGGAUCCUUUACAG